AUGGCCGCAACUCAUCAGCUUAUCCGAUGUCAGCCAUCCAACGCUUCUAUUGUUCGUCGGACAUUUGAUGUUCUUGAUCAACCCGAAAAGCGGAAUACUGGCUACCCUCUUGACUCCGCCUAUCAACCAUUGGUUAAGAAAAUAUACGAGUCCCGUUACUUAGCACUUCAAGACCUAAGGGCCUAUAUAGAACGUCCAGAACACCAUCUUACGGACAUCACACUUAGUAUUGCGUUCUUACUAAUGAUGGCAGAGAUCCAACAUUCCGCAUAUGGCCGCUGGCGUUCUCAUUUAGAAGGUGUGAGAAGAAUCAUCAAACUACGCGGGGGGUUGCAUGCUGUAGCACAGCCUUCCCAUCCCCAGACUCUCUCGGUAGUGUUGAACUUCAUAGGAGUUGACAUUGUAAGCUGCAUCACCGCUGCAUCGGCCCACUUGGUACCAAGAAGUGAAGAGCAAACCCAGCACCAGGAAUACAUUCGGCAAUUGCUUAAUGACGGCAGCUACCUUCACACCGGAUUUCCAGGUCCUCUUAAAAUCCUUGAAGGGCUUGCACUUGUCAACCACCUACGCGCAGUAUCAUCCAUCCAGCAAAAUAAGGAAGACAGCGAGCUUGACUAUCGCGCAUUUACUGCUCUGCAAGUAAUUAUGAGUAUUUCCCCGCGGCUCUGGGCAGCGAGUAUUUGUCACAGAAUCUCAAUGGGAAUGGGUGCCUUCACAAAAGAACACCCCAAAAGGGAUGUAUCCCCAAACAGCUCGUCUACUGUCAUUUGCAUAACCUAUCCUCAGGCUGUAGACAAUAUCGAAGGCCACUGGGUGAGUGUAGCGACCCUUUACCAGUGCGCAUCAUUACUUUACUGUAUACGGACGCUAUUUCUUGAUCGCCACAGGUCCAAACAAACAAAUCGGUUCUUGGCAGCAGUAGGAAUUGACCUCUUGUCGCUUCGCCAGAAGACAAUAAAUGCUCUGUGGGAGCAUCUUCGCUUAAGUCUUCACAGAGAGAAGUACUGGCGGGCAGGUGCCUUGUUUACGGAAUAUCUGAUAUGGCCCCUUUUGAUCGUUGGUCUUGAAGAUUGCGGGGGCGAUGACAGGGUGGGACAUAGGGAGUUUGUUAUUAAUGCGCUGAAGCAACUCUCUCUGUGCGUGGGAAAAUUGAGUUGGUUGGACGCUGAACUCUUCUUAAAGUCGGCGUGGGAAAAACCCUGGCAAACUUGGGAUGAUCUAUUUUACGGCACCCAUGGCAACUGCGCCUUUUUAUAA